AUGGCCCGAGUGAAUGAAUUUCUAAAACAACAGUCGCUUCUUUCGCAACAAGACGAAGAAGACUCUGAUCUCUCCUGUUGUUCUUCACAAUCAUCAAAACAAUCAUCAUGCCAACAAUCGCUCGAUCCAUCACAACAUUCCAAUCGUCGAUGUAAACACACCUUUCACAAUUCUUCACAAAGUCCCUUACCAGAUGAAAUUAUACAGUAUCACAUUGUUCCCUACAUGGAUGUAAAAACUUUGUGUUCAAAAUUCUUUCUUCUCUCGAGCUAUUUGAAAAAACUUGUGGAUGAAAACCAUAUAUGGAAAGAACGGUUCUUUAGGGUUCUUCCUUACAGCCAAUUUGACUUUUUCGAAAACAAUCCGAUCUAUUGGAAAAAGUGUUACCAUUCAGAAGUGACCCGAAGAUACUUUUCAUCACUCUCUCCUUCACAUCAAGAUCGAAUUUAUCCCUCACUCGAUGAAUUUAGUGUGAGUUUCAAAGAUUUGUAUCGAACUCUAUUCAUUGAGGGUCAAUUAAGCAAACAACGAUUAUUGAAUUCUGGUAAUUACAAACGUGAUCAAUACUCUCAUCACAUUACCUACUAUUAUUUAAUUGACAUGUUCGAAAGUGUGAAAUUGGAACAUGAUCAAUUAAGAUGCAUUGACAAAUUCUUUGGACAACAAGUAUCUCCUGGUGUUGAAUUUUUCAGAGGACGUACACGAGAGAAGGGUGCACUCCAUGAUGAUGAAACUCGUGAAUAUUAUGGAGUGUUUGGUCUAGUCGUGGGUGUCUACUUUGUCAUGUUCCAAGAAUGGAUGAGUAAUGAUCUGAGAGCUCAUGUCUUUGGACGUAAAAUUAAUCAUCGAAUGGUUGAGACGUAUGGUCCUCCUCCUUCAAAUCCUCAUCGAUCGAUGAAUCCUUUGUUUCAACAACAACAACAGCAAGGACCUUCUUCGUUACCAAUGAAUGAAAUGGAACGAUCUUGCAUGACGGCAGCUUCCACUAGUCAUUCGAAUCGAAUUCAUAAUCGAAUGAGAACGAAUUCAAGAAGAAUUCCAUUAUUUGCUUCGACACCUCGUCAUCAUCACUGGUUGCUGUAUCAUGGAGGAGCAGACGAUCCUCGUCAAGAUCUUGUCGAAGAGGAUGAUUUCAAUGAAAUGGAUGAUUACCUCUUGGAAGAUGAAGAUUCCAUCAUGAAUGAAUCGAAUACUUCACAAGAAGCAACAUUGAAAAGUCAAACAGUUGUCCAUGAACAAGAGAGUCAACCAUCAUUUGCCAUUCCAUCAAAUGUACGAGAUGAAGAAGUCACUCCAAUCACAACAACAACAGCAAAUCCAAUGUCCACUUCAUGGAAUGCAACAUCUUCAUCAUCAAAUAUAUUUCCUCAAUACUUGUUUUUAAAUCAACCGACAGAAGAUAAGUGGGAUCAACAACAAAAACAUGAUUCUCCUGUGAGUGUGGUCAUUCAUGGUGUUUGGAGUGAUAAUAAGGAACGAUGUGGCUUGUUCACAAGUGAGAAUAUUGAUUGGUCCACCACUGUGUUUGAUUUGAGUACAUUGGGAAGUAAAUUGUAUGAUAUUAAUUACAAGAGAUUGUAUAGUGUGGAGAAUGAAGUGAAAAUGUUUUCGAGAAUGACUGCUUUCAAGUAUUGGAGAAUGGUGGUUCAUUAUUCUCGAGUUCCUGAACAUGUUUGGAAUCAACACUUCUCGAAUGAUGGAUUCAGUGCUGCUACCAGUCAUCAUCAAGAUGUCAACAACCUCCAUGGAGAUGCAUAUGGUCAUUGUUAUGGAGUGAGAGAAUAUAAUGUCACGUUUGAUUGUGAUACUUAUUUGAGAGGUGAAGCUGCAUUGUGUCAUCAUCAACAUCAUCAUGGUGCUUCUGCUACUACCAUCACAGAUUCACAUCAUGAUGCAACAACACUGUCUCAGGGAGGUCCUUCUCAACAACAACAGCAACAACAUACUCCUCAUUUCCAAAUUGUUGGUAAUGCCAUGGAUAGUUACAUUUCAUUCAACAUGUUGAGCCGAGGGGAACAUGUAUUCUUGGCUUGGUGUCAAUUUGAUCACAUGAAGCAUGAGAGUAAGAUUAAAACUAAAUCAGCUCUCCGUUCUAAGAUUAUCUAUCCUAAUAAUCGACGUGAUUCGUUUGCUUGUGUGGAACCUCUAAAUGUGAAUCUUAAUGUGAAUGAAUUUAAGUUAUCAGGAAUUAUUUUAGAUCGAGAGGGAAUUAAGGGUCAUCUCACUUUGGAACCCUUGCAAAUGAAUCACCACCAUCAUCAUCAUGUCAAUCAAUAA